AUGCUCAGAUUGACCACUUCAGCCACAUCUUCAGCCAGCAGGAUCAUUGCGGGACCAUCCGUCCGUCGGUAUCUCGCCACUGCCGUUCCUACUUCUCCUUCCUCCUCUUCAACCGAUAAUACCGCCGCUCCUCCUCGACGUAAACGAUUCGAAAAGCUAGAUGAUGGGCUCACGUUCGAUGACUUUGUAUCGGGCGAGGAACUGCCUGAUGCCAAUGAAAGAGUGGUAUUGGGUAAUACAACGCAACCUCGAUUACCAUCAUUCCUCAAACAUCCCAUUCCCACUGGAGCGUCAUACAGUAAUAUAAAGAAGGAACUGAGAGGGUUGGGUUUGCAUACCGUAUGUGAAGAGGCGAAAUGUCCUAACAUUGGGGAAUGCUGGGGUGGUGGGAAAGGCAAUGCCACGGCGACUAUCAUGCUCAUGGGUGACCAAUGUACGCGAGGAUGUCGAUUCUGUUCAGUCAAGACCGCUCGUGCACCACCACCAUUGGACGUGCACGAACCUGAGAACACUGCUGAGGCUAUCAGUCGAUGGGGUUUGGGUUAUAUCGUUUUGACGAGUGUUGACCGAGAUGACCUUGUCGAUGGAGGUGCAGCUCACAUCGCAUCGACAAUAUCCAAGAUCAAGCAGAAAGCACCUAAAAUCCUUGUCGAAGCAUUAACACCCGAUUUCGCCAACAAGGGAGUGGAUACGAUACACACAGUCGCUUCUUCGGGAUUGGAUGUGUUCGCCCAUAAUGUCGAGACUGUCGAGAGAUGUACUCCAUUCGUCAGAGAUAGAAGAGCAGGAUUCAACCAGAGUCUGAGGGUUUUAGAAGAAGCCAAGAUUGGUGCUAAGAAGGCUGGCAAGGAGAUAUUGACAAAGAGUAGUAUCAUGUUAGGUGUUGGGGAGCAAGAGGAUGAGAUUCAUGAGACUUUGAGGAGAUUGAGACAGUCCGACGUCGAUGUUGUCACUUUCGGUCAAUACAUGAGACCUACCAAGAAGCACAUGAAGGUUGAUAGAUAUGUUCAACCAGAAGAAUUCGCUAAAUGGAAGGAAGUGGCGGAGGGUAUGGGUUUCUUGUACGUUGCUUCGGGACCUUUGGUCAGGUCAAGUUACAAGGCCGGAGAAUUCUUCAUUGAGAAUGUGUUGAAGAAACGUCGAGCUGCCGCUGCCGAACAGGCCGCAGCUGAGCUUUCUUCUCAAUCAGCUGGAGCAACACCAAACGCAUCCGUAGCUAGCGCAUAA